UACGGAUUCAGUACUGAAUUCUCUGUAGACUUAAACUAAUAUUUACGUGUAUGAAAGAUAAAUUGAAAGUGUUUGAAUUAAUUUUCUGUGACAUUUAAUGGUGCGUUUGGCUGGCGUUAUGCGUUCCGAUUAUUUAUAAGCCGUGCCGUGAUUUGGCGCGCGAAUUCCACAGUUUAAAUUUCGAAUUUUGGAGUAACUGCUAACUGAGAGAGGAUGGACUACUCUCGGCCAAUAUGCGCCCUCCUUGCUCUUCUCGUUUUCUAUUUAACACACCUCGCACAAUGUACGAACGCCAAGAUCAACUUCAGAGAAAAAGAGAAACAAAUCCUGGAUCAGAUUUUGGGUCCAGGCAGAUACGACGCUCGCAUCAGACCCUCCGGUAUCAAUGGCACUGGCGAUGCGCCAACGUUUGUUCACGUCAACAUGUAUCUACGAUCUAUCAGCAAAAUAGAUGAUUACAAGAUGGAAUAUUCCGUUCAAUUGACGUUCAGGGAACAGUGGCUGGAUGAACGUUUGAAGUUUAACAAUUUAGGAGGUCGCUUGAAAUACCUCACGCUAACAGAAGCGAACCGAGUAUGGAUGCCGGAUCUAUUCUUCUCCAACGAGAAGGAAGGCCACUUCCACAACAUCAUCAUGCCGAACGUGUACAUCAGGAUAUUCCCCAACGGCAACGUGCUAUACAGCAUCCGAAUCUCCCUGACUCUGUCCUGUCCUAUGAACUUGAAGUUGUACCCGCUGGAUAAACAGACCUGUUCCUUGAGGAUGGCUAGUUAUGGGUGGACGACUGACGACCUCGUGUUCCUGUGGAAGGAAGGUGACCCAGUCCAGGUUGUGAAGAACCUACAUCUGCCUCGCUUUACCCUCGAGAAGUUUUUAACUGAUUACUGUAACAGCAAGACUAAUACAGGUGAAUACAGUUGCCUGAAAGUGGACCUCUUGUUCAAGAGAGAGUUCAGUUACUACCUCAUCCAGAUCUACAUCCCCUGCUGCAUGCUUGUCAUUGUGUCCUGGGUUUCUUUCUGGCUGGACCAGGGAGCCGUUCCUGCUAGAGUUUCAUUGGGAGUAACAACACUCCUAACCAUGGCGACUCAAUCGUCCGGUAUAAACGCGUCUCUACCACCCGUAUCCUACACAAAAGCGAUCGACGUCUGGACGGGCGUGUGUCUAACAUUCGUGUUCGGUGCGCUGCUCGAGUUCGCGCUCGUGAACUAUGCGUCCCGCUCUGACAUGCACCGGGAGAAUAUGAAGAAAACGAGACGGGAGAUGGAAGCUGCCGCGAGUAUGGAUGCCGCGUCUGAUUUGUUGGACACGGACAGUAAUACUACGUUCGCUAUGAAACCGCUGAUGCGCGGCGCCUCCGACAAGAUGCGGCAGUGCGAGAUCCACAUGAGCCCGCCCAAGAAGAACUGCUGCAGGAUCUGGAUGUCCAAGUUCCCGACGCGCUCCAAGCGGAUAGAUGUCAUCUCGCGCAUCACGUUCCCGCUCGUGUUCGCGCUCUUCAACUUGGCUUACUGGUCGACGUACCUAUUCCGCGACGAGGAGGAACAAAAGUGAUUCUCGCGGUCGGGUGGGGGCGCGGGGCAGGCGGCGCAGCUGGCGGGCGCGGUGCUGUCGCCGUACGCCGUGUUCGCCGCGGUGUACGCGCUGUGCCUGCGCGCGCCCCCGCCGCCGCGCCGCCGCGCCGCGCCCCACGCGAGGAUAUAGAUGGGUUCUGUUGCUACACUACGUCAUACAUACGAACAGAUGUUACAUGAGUACAUGUAAUGGAUACGAACAGUACCGUUAGCAACGAACAGUACCGUUAGUAACGAACAGUACCGUUAGCAAUGAACAGUACCGUUAGCAAUGAACAGUACCGUUAGCAACGAACAGCACCGUUAGCAAUGCACAGUACCGUUAGCAACGAACAGUACCGUUAGCAACGAACAGUACCGUGAGCAACGAACAUUACCAUUAGCAAUGAAGGGACGGCAAUACUCUAGCCAUGAGUUAGCAACGAACAGAUAGCAAUACCAUAGCCAUGAGUUCGAAUCUUACGUUUACAGUACUAACAUGAGUUAGCAAUGGCAGCAAUAUCCUCGCCAUGUGUUAGUAGAAAGUUUUACUGCAUUCGAUAGCGAGUAAACUGCGAUAGAAAGUCUUCCAUAAGUUAGUCUUAGGAUACCUACAUAUAACCUGAGAUAGAAGCGGCAUACUGCUAGUUUGUUCUCACAUAACGCUGUACGUCAGUUAAUAUAUGUAUUCUAAGGAGUCAGUAUUCGAAACGCUUACUGCAUUCGAUAGCGAUGCAUUCAAGACUAUUUCGCUUGGUUUUUAAGGCUCAGACUACCGAAAUUACUAUUUCGAUAGAUUACUAACCGACCGAAAUUAGUUUUCUAAGUUAUCGCUAGAGGUGCUGUAGUCAAUAUCGAUACAAUAUUUUUACGCAGUCACUAGCAAGUACAACUGUGAACUCAUGGUAGGUGUAGUACGGAAAAUACCAAGAACACGUUCAAUCACGCAUACAAACGUAUCAACGAAACUGGGUUAUGAACUCAGCUCAACUCGUCAAUGCGUUUGUUUGUGUGUGUGAGUUUCAAACGUUUUGAAGCGAGUAACGCUACUGUUCGUAUCUGUUUACUGUGCUAAUGUUGUUUUGAUUGUUGUUUUUGCUGCAAUUGUAUAUGGGUUGUUUUGAUUGGUUGUUUAGUUUAAUCGUUUCGUAUAUAAAUGUGUUUAAUGAUUUGCGAUUCAGCACGCGAUGCGGUUCCUUUUGAAUUUGUAUACUUUCUUACAAAUAAAGUUUUGUUUUUUAUUUUCAUUCGUAAUAAAAUAUAUUUCAUUUUUUGGUUAUUUUUAUUUAUUAUUAAUUCGCAGAUAUUUCUUAAUUUUGUUUCUAAUUUGUUGAAAAUUGUAUUUUUCCUUACAUUGUUUUUUAAUUCUGAUAACAUCGCGUCAAUCUGAUUUGUUCUCUACCUAUUCGUUAUUAUAUAUUUAUGUGCAACGCAAUUCCUUUAUGAUAUUUCUGUGAAACAACAACCUUUUUAGCGGACUAGGUAAUGGCCAGCAGACUCAUCUAUUUACCGGUUUACAUCCGAUAACCUAGUGUCUACAAAGGAAUUGCGUUCUUAUGUUAAUAUUUUUUUUUUUAAUGUAAUGUACCCUUUUUUCUCUUGUCUCUAACUAAACAUAUACGAUGCAUAAAAAAGGACUUAUCAAUUUAUCCUUUUGCAUGAGUGAUACCUACAUCAUAAACACUUGUUUAGUUUAAACAAGGGAAAAAGAGACAGUGUAUAUUAAGAUAUUCUUUGUCAAUGCCAUGUUAUUUUUUUUCCAUAGCUUUUCACAUCAUUUCAUUAUAAAUUAGUAACAUGCACAUUAUCAACACAUCCAUUUGCAUCCAUACGUAGCCACGCACCCAGAAAAACUAAAAUAAUUGCCAUUCGCAAAUUACUUCAUCGGCCAUACAUUAAACUCGAUCAAAAUAAUCGAUGCUCAAAUUGUCAAAACAUCGAUUAAUUUGGUUCCGAGUGUUCAAUCGGAUCUCGACAAGAUUUUCGAAUAGGACUUUCCCGAUUUUUCAUGCACGAUUCUUAAAAUCGAUUUUACCAUCAUAUUCUAAUCUAAUAAGUCGCUUAAUCGACAGAGAGGUAAUCUUCUACUAGAAAUAUAAAUAAUAAAGAUAUUAAUAUGAAGAUCAGUAUUUAAUAAUUUAACAUUAAGUAAUUUAUAAAUGAUAUAGAUAUAUUAUGCAGCCAUGGAUUACAUGUUAUAAAAAUUAAAAUACACUAGUGAAGGCUGUAUUUAGAACAGUCCAAUGACUGCCUAGAAUGUAAUUUAUUUGGAAUAGCAUAAAUGCUUUUGGUAUAAAAUAGUUCGUCGAAUUGUCAAAUAAAAUCGCCGUUGUAUUAUAAGCCAAGAAUCCUUAUUAACAUAAUUUGAUUUUAAUCAAUAUAUAUAUAUUUAAAAUAUUCAUUGUGUAUGUAUAUUUUGAUCUCUCAAGAGCUCAUCUCAUCCUACAUUUCAUGCGUUUCUAUUUUGGCUGUGACUAACUCUUAUAAAUUAUAUAUUGAAUGAUAUUAUUAACUAUUAAUGCUUUGUUCAUUCAUGCACACUAUAAGUUGGAAUAUAUUAAACGAUAGACGAAUUAAAGAACACUAACACAUAAGUUAAGGGAAGCCGAUGUUUGUUUUUUUAAGAUUUUUUGAUAUUUUUACUAAACCUCGGCGUAAUGUAAUUGGGCAGAUGUAAAGUACAAUAAAUGGUAUAUACUUAGUAAUAUCAUCACAUAACAUAUAGAUACGAAACACACUGGAAAAAUCCUUUGUAUACGCUCAAGAAGCCUCCCGUCAUAUGAAAGUAUAUAACAAAUACGUAGGAAAAUUGUCCAAGUGUAGAAAACCGAUUAUGUAAAUAACAAACGCACAUAUAUUACUUUCUAUGUACGUUCUUGGUGUAUUUAAAAGGAUUUUUUCAUUCUAGUUUAGGUACCUUUUAGAUAGUCUAGAUAUUAUUAUAUAGUAUAACAAUUAUAACCAACAGUAUUUUACGUCUUAAACUAUCAUAUUUUAAUACAAUUAGAUCAGUAGUUGUUUAAGUCUUAUCAUUGUGAAUUGCCACAACUUUUGCUGGUUGCAUCUUAGUUAUAACAAUUAGCUCAAAAUAAUCAACAUAGUAUACAAGUAAGACUAUAAAUGUUAGAAUUAGAUUAUAGUUAGGUCAUUAGGUAUCAUGUAUAAAAAAUCUCUGAUGAGACUAAAGGAAUUUAUAAAAUAAAAAUUUAAAGUAGCGUAUCUAGACUUAAUAAUUGUGAAUGACAAAAAUAUUAACUUUUCAAAUGAAACAGUUAAGUUGACUACGAUUCAACGGAAGCUACAACCUUCUCAAUAUUUGAAAAGCUAAUAUUUUUGCAUGUAGGAAGGAUUGUAUAUAUGAGACUUUACACCUGUGUCGCUCAGUGUACAGAUACUUAUAAAAUAUUAAAUGUAAGCUAAUAUUGACAUUUCACUCGAUCACUGUCACUAUGUAUAUAUAAUAUACUUACUGUUAUCUUAAAUUAACGCAUCGUAGCAUUUGGUUGCAUUUAUGACAUGUUUUGACCUUUUUAUUUAAUUAAUGUUACAAGGUAUAUUCUGAAUUAAAAACAUACCGGCCGAAUUGAUAAUCUCCUCCUUUUUUUUGAAGUUGGUUAAAAAAAGAACCUUAUUUAAUUUAAUUAUGCGAUGUUCACGUUGUAUUUUGUAUAAACAAAUAAAUAAACUAAUGACAGUUUCUUAUUACUUCAAGUUAAUGGUUUAAAUAUAGGAAAAUGUAUUCACUGCCCGUUAAACUAAGUCACAAAUUAGGUAAGCAAAAUACUACUUUAGUAGUAUCAAUGUAGCAGUAAUUUGCUUGUCUCUUAAUACUAUAUAUUAUUAAUACCAACUGCUAAAUUCAGGCUACAUGGUCCUGCCAACUGUUAAAAAAUAUAUUGUAUUAAAACCGGACGACAUGCCGCCAAUCGAGUAGAUUAAUUAAGUACUUAUAUAUUACUCAUUGUAUCAAACAAAACAUUGUAGGGAUAAAAUUAUUUUUUUGGUUGUUAAAUUAUUUCCUAAAAACUUUAUAGGUAUUCGGUAAAUUCUAAUUGAUUUAUAGAGUUACUAUUUCAUUCGUAGCACUUACGUAGCACCGUCUACGAUAAACGUAGCCAUAAAUAGAAUUGAAAUAAUAAACAAAUAUUAUGUAUAUUUAAUUAUAGACACGUGGAAUAUCGGCGUUUUAUUUUGGAUUUUAAUAUUUGAUGUGAAUGAAAAUCUCUCAAAUACCUAAAUUAGGAUUAUGUAAAUUAUAAGAACCGUGUGCACACAGAAUCGGAUUAGAUAACGUAGUUUGUGUGAAUGCUGAAGAACCUCCAUGUAAAUAUAAUGAAGGAGACGGAGUGAUUGAGUUUAGAAUGGAUGAGUCUAGAUAUUCUCUUUUUGUAAAUCGAGAAAUAAGGCGGCCGCGUGUCACAAAUUAGUUAUAACGAUUAGUGACGUCACAGCAGAGGAUUUUGCUUGACAAGUCAAAGUAGGGAUAGAAUAUUAAAUUGAUGAUAGUAUCUAGAUAUUUUUAUUGUAAGUCUCCGUAUUGGGGCGGAGUAGAAUACAAUCCCCAAUCCCAGUCGGACUAGAUGGGUGUCGUAAGAGGCGACUAAAUCCGACGGUGGGAGGGUCGUGGGACCCGCAUGGCAAGCUACCACCCCCCUGUUGAAAGAUACCAAAAUCCAGGGGCGCCAUCUUGGCAUGAUCUAACACGCGGGACGCAACGUAGUAUAUUUGUCACUUUCUUUCUUUGUGUUCUUUAUUUUCUUCAAAUUUCAAGUUUCUGUUCAUUCAGUUUCAUCCUUUAAUUUAUAUGUUAUGAUAAAGUGCCUUUAUAUUUAAGAAUUGUGAUAUUUUUUAAUCUUAUCUUACCGGUUCUAAGAUUGUGAAUAGCCUUCGAUUGUGUUUUUCUUUUAUUUUCAAAGUGAUAAAUAUACAUUGGUAAAAGUAUUAAGAAGGUUUUCGGAUUAGUCGUACAAGUACAAAUAUCCUUAACAUAAAUGUAGAUAUAGUUAAGUUAUUUUAAGCGUUGCCUAGUUGGAAACGGAAACUUUAAUAAAAUAUUCAAAAUCGUUUUACUCCCCCAAAAGAUACUAUGUCUGGUAUGGUAUCCAUAAAACGCUUCUCGGUUGUAAAAAGUUAGAGUGUGCAUUUUAUUUACUUUUAAUUUAGGUUUUUCGUUAAACUAUUUGUCUGUGGUAAACCACAGGCAAAGGCGAGAACGAAAACCAGUGUAAAGGUUGCCAUAUCUACCAAGUUGCUUUUGGGGAGGCGUUAUGUUCUAUAUUAAAUAUUUUUUUUUACCAAUAUUACUUCGUGAUACCUCCGUUCGGUAUAAUUUGCUAAAAUUCAAUUUUAUUCAUUUCCUAAUCCGUUUCUAACUUUGCAAAAUAAUAGACAUUUACAUACCUACUACAGACUUCCUUAGAUUAGGGUAAGACCUUGUUUGUGUAUGCCUUGAGAAUGUACAUAGGUACGCUUGGAAUCAUGUUCUACAUGAUUCUAAGUGUACUUAUUUAACAAUUAAUAAUUCCAAUCAUGCAAUUGGAUUUAUUAAUUGAACACUACGUACAACCGUAUUGUAGUGACUCAGUAUUGUAUAAGGGUGUCUAAAAUUUAUACUAUUCUCAGACAUUUUAAGUCUCUUGAAACCAUAUGAUAAGUACAAACACAUACUGAUUAUAGUGCAGUGUAUUUUAAAGCAGAUUCGACAUUAGAACCUAUUAAAGUGAAUAUCAAAACAAUACACUGACCAAAAUAAAUGUUUUCUUUACACGAAAAUUUGACAGAAACAAUUCAAAAUAAAUUAUUAUAUGGAAUCCUGAGAUGGCUCAUGUAAAAUGUCUGAUGAAGUUUAGUUUAUAGUAAAUUUUUAAGGUGUCAGCGUGUGAACGGAUCAGCGUAAUAAAUAAGUUCAUAUAUAGAAAUAAAUGAUUGAGUUACAAUUUUUAUUUAAUUAUGUGUAAAUAAUUCAUCUCUUUCACGUUAACACGUGGCGGGAAACCGCGGAGAAACCAAAGAGCAGGCGAACCAAAAAUUUGUAAUUAGAAUAUAAUUAUUGUAAAUAAUAAUAAAUAAGAAAAGUGUAGAAUUUAUGCACUAUAAAUAGAGAUAAUUAUUGUACAAUGUUCACGUUGUAUGCAACAUAUUAGAACAUGUAUGAUUGUAUGGUUAUGGUGGUCUCGUUAGUUAAUGUCUUGCAGCUCUUCCAUUAUCACAUUUCGAAUAUUUUACAUACAACGUGGAUAUAUCCAUAUUUCCUAAUAAAAAAUGUAGUAGGUAACUAGGUAGUAUAGAAACUGGCAUUAGUUUUAUAAGCAAAUUGUAAUAUUUUCGGAUAAUUAUUUAUUCUGUAUAUUUCACGAUUAAUUUGAUUUUAAUGUAACAAAUUAAAAUGUGAGUGUAAUACUUAAUAAUUAUAAGGAAUAAAUGAAACAAAAUGCUGCGAUGCUCAUAUAUUUUAAUCUACAAUCUACAUGUCUCAAUGUAGGUAGCUGUUUUCAAUAUCUAUUCAACUACGUCGUAUUGUAAACAUAACAUAUUAUCCAUCAAGUAACAGUCAUAUUGAUUUUAAAUCUUGCUCAUUUUAUCUCCGUCCUUUGGUUCUCUGUAUUUGGGUUGUUAUCCAGAUUCAUAUUUUGUAGUUUAGAAUAUUUACUUCAAAAAUGUAUUAAAAAUACGAACAAGCGAUGGAAUGACACAAAUGCACCAACAUUAUCUUAUGCACGAUUAUCUGACACACAAAAACAAUUCAAUUAAUAACUCCAAAAUAAUAUUUAGAUUAAAUAAAUAGUGCGAUUAAAUGACAUGAAUAAAAUCAACCAUAGCUUUUCGUAGAUUUUAAAAUGCAUUACAGAUUUCAUUGUUUUAGAUAUUAUUACAUAUGUCCCUAUUAUAGAUUCUUGGGCUGUGAUGAAGCUAGAUAAAAUAAAGUUUCUACAUCACCAAUACUUCCAUGAAAAUAAAAUCAAACAAUAUACUGGCAACAUAAAUUUUUUUUGGUAGUUUACGUUCGGCCAUUGUCGUCGGGGAUCUGAAAAAAAAUAAUGUCAAUUAGUCAUUUGUAAAAAUCCAUCUCACAUAUCUUUUUAACAGGCGACAAUUAUUUACUGUGAAUUUAUGAAAAUUAAAUAAAAUCUACCAUUUAUAUUAAGUGUUGCCAUUUCACAAUGUUUCUGCUAUAAUAGGAAAAUUUAAGCACUCUAGAUUUACUAUUUCAUCCCUAAUCAUUUAGCUAUGUUUAAAUGGACUGUUGUAAUAAGAAAUUGAUGGAAGGACUUUUAAUAAAAUUAUACUAUGUC